AUGGCCCGGCACCCAGCUCGGGGUCUGGGCGCAAUCCUGCACCCGGCAAAGCCCCACCAGUCCUCGCGGGUACAUCGCUGGGGUGGGCAGAGAGCGCUGCGCCCAGGCCCCCAGGGGAAGGGGUGCCCCGCGGCCAAGCAGCGGGAUCAAGAAACAGUGUCCUCGGCGGCCUCCUCCCUAACAGGCUGGGGGGCUCCGAGGCUGUCCCUUCACCUCUGCGUGUGCAACGAGGGCACCACCACCCCGGUCCGCACGGCAAAUCACCCAGAAGACGGCACAGCACUUAGCGCACCCCGGGCACUCGGCGGCCUCGGCGACGGCGGGGGCGCUCGGGGAACCUUGGGGCGGGGGUCCCAGAGCCGAAGCGCGGGCGCGGCCACCGUCGCGUCCUCCGGGCGCGGCCCCGAGCCACACGCCCCGCCCGCUGGGGCCCGCGAAGCGCCGCGCGCGCCGCCCCACGUGGGGCCGCACGGGCUCGCGGAUCCGGCGUCGGAUUGGUCGUCGUGCAGCCAAUCAGAGGGCGCCGUCAGCAGCGGCCGCGACGAUUGGUCGCCGCGAGCCGGCCGGGGAGGGGGCGGGGCUCCCUUUUGUUCUUUCCUCCUCGGCGCCGCCGGCCCCGCCUCCCGGGCCCCGUCGCCCGGGUCCCCCUACCCGGAGCCCGGGCUGGGGCCGCAGGGGAGCCCCCAGGCCCCCGGGAGACAGCCUGAGUUCCAGGCCCAGCUGCUGCAGUCAGAGGCUCUGCCAGCGUUCUGGCCUGAACAGGAGAUGAACCUCCCGCGCCGCCAAGGGCCCUCCGGGCGGGCGGCAGCAGCGGUCCGUGGGCGCCCCCCAGCGGCCGCGGCCCGGAAGGCGGCCGACGUGCAGGACGCGCGGUGGACGGCGCCCCCGCCCCUCCCCGCGCCCGUGUUCCUGAUGGGAAGGGAGCGCAGCCCGCGGCCGCCGUGGGCGGAGGCCUCUCGCUGGGCGGACUGCGGGGCUGUGCGCAGCUCCGCUACUGGGACCGCAGGCUCCCCCGCGGCCUCACGCCCCGCACAGAAGGGCGGCCGCCGAGCGUCCGAGGAGAGGCCCCGGGGCCCCUGCAACCGCGCCUCCGCGGCCGGCCUCGCCCCGCCGCCCGGCUCGCCAGGGGCCGCGCGCCCAUUGGCCGAGAGCACGACAGCCCGGACCAAUCACGCGGGGCGGCGGCCCAAUGCCCAAUGGGAGUGGGGUGGGCGGGGCAGAGGGCGCGUGCGCAAUGGGCUCUACGUGCGGCCCCGCCCCUGCCUCUGGGGGCCCGCCCUCGUCCGACCCUCGGUCCCCGGGGACCUCGGGGUUCCGGCGCCCGGCGGGACCCUGCACUGCGCUGGAGGUGUGGCCGCGCUCCUGCCUCCGGACGGGGCCCGAACCGGGGCGCCGGCAGGUCAUUACUGUAGGACGACCAGCGCUUCGUACAAAAGAGAGACUCAGAAUUUACGAGCCGGCCCCUCGGAGAGCGGAGGGCGACAUCUGGCUGCGCGUUCUGCGGCGCGGGAGGGGCCCUUCAUCCGAAGACAAAGGCGGCGCUGGGCCCGCGAGGCCGCAGCGGGGGGGCCCUGUCGCCCCUCCCCCGGGCGGGCGCGGGAGACGACGGCCUGCAGUCCGGUGCCCACGCGGCCAAGCGCUCGGGUCCCCGACCCCGUCGGCGGCCGGCCAGCUCCCGCCUCGGGCCUGCCCGGGUUCCCGCGGCGGGGUCGAUGCAAAGGCCGCAGGGACUCGCAGCUUCAGCACGUACACCCACCACCGCCACCACCGUAUGUGACCCGGCCCCAGACGAUGGAGAGUGAGGUGUCAUCGGAGCUGGCGCUGUCCUUAGCAGCUGGCUCAUUUGUCCAUAAUGGUGGACACCCAUCGUCCAGGGUGCCCUGCCAGCAGCAGCGCCUGGCCCCUGGCCUCCCCGGGGGUGCAGAUCUGGCCAAGGCCCUGCAGGGUCCCAUCUCCUGGGAGGGGCCCGCUGUCUGGUCCUGCGGGCAUUCUCUUGUGGUGCUCCCUCUGCCCAAGACGUCCUUGGCACUAGAGGGCGCCAGCUCCUGCCCAUCCUGUGGGGUCAUCCUGCCCACACCGGCGCUGUUCCCAAAUGGCCUGCGCGGCGCCCGCGAGCCCAGCGAGGAGACCGCCUCCGUCCAGGUGAUUGGCCAGACCGUGCGGGCCUCCGCCAAUCAGGGCACGGCUCUCCCGGACUCGGGGCGUGAUCCCGCGGGAUCCGCAGGCGGCGCGGCGGAGGGGCGGGGCUGCGGGGGCUGCGGCGGGACGGGCCGGCGCGACGCCCGCGCGCGAGACGCCGGCGGCUAUGUUGCCACGAAGGACGGGGCCCGCCCAGGCCCGUCCCCGGACUCCACAGGGGACGCUGUGAGUUUUGGAGACUGCGUGCCACCCCCACGCGGUGCUGUCCCCCGCCGCCCCCCCAGGAGCCCUGUCCACAGGGCCGCAGCCUGCGAGAAGCCGCUGGUCCACACCGCUGGGAAGAAAGAGCGGGUCUGCAGGCAGCGAUGGCUCGGCGAAGGAGAGCCGGUGGUCUGCUGUGUCCCGUCCCCGCUGGCAAUCCUUCGUGGCCUUGGCUGUGCCACCUGGAACAGCCCAGAGAGGGCCCGGGGGGCCCCGCCGUCCCCGCCCCGGCUGCUGGCCAGGGCAGGCGACCGGAGCAGCGUGCCGGCCUCGCACCGGGAGGUGUCCGAGGGGCACAGCCACGGCGGGCGCCCCAGGCAGGCUCUGAUCCCAGCACAGGAGCUGAACCCACCUGGGGGGCGUCUGCCGUGCCCCUCGGCGCCAAGGCUCCGGCUGGCUCGGGAGGGAGGGAAGGUCCCUGGGUGCGCGGAGCCCGCCGGGGGUCGGGGAAGCAGAGCCGCCCGGCGGCCGGGGCCGUGGGCCCUCUGUCCCCGCCCGGCCUCCGCCCUUCGGGCUGAGGUCCUGCGAGCGCGCCACGGCCGGGUGUCUGUGGUCCGGGGACUCCCCUCCGUGCCCUUGAGGCCCCCAGGCUCCCGCAGCACCCCGUCCUGCCCGAGGUCACGUCAGGGCCCUGCUCCCUGA